AUAUUCGCUUGAGCUAACCAGGAUACUAAUCAUAUUUAAUGAUGUUAUCUACCACUGGAGAGAUUAUAAGAAUUAUUUAAGCAAAAGAGGAGUAACCACUUUAUGGAACGGUAGUGAGAUAACAUUUUCACAAGGAACUAGAGAAAAUAUAUCAAUGAACUCAAGAAUGACUUUCUUGCUAAAUCCUAUACUUUGUUUGGUAUCACUGACUGCUAUAAAUGCCUACAGUUCAGGAGCAGGUCCUGGAGCUUGUUUAGAACUGAAGCCUGCUCAUGAUAAUUUGGAUACACAGACAUCUACUUCACCAUUUGCUGUAAUACCAUCUAAAACAAACUACACAGCAUCAGAUAAAAUAACAGUUACUCUUGAAGCAAGAUGUGGUUAUAAAUUUAUAGGAUUUUUAAUACAAGCCAGACGAGCAGAUAAUUCGGCUGAUAGAACUGAAGUCUUAGGAACAUUUGAUAUUGCAACUAAUACUAAACAACUAUGUACUAAUGCCGCAUUAACCCACGCCAAUGCUGCAUAUAAAACUACAUUAGAUGUAACAUGGAAUGCACCUUCUACAUCUGGAACUGGACAUAUUGUUUUUAAGGUCACCUUUGUAGAAGUUAAAUCUAAAUUCUGGCAAGCAGUAACAUCUAAAGUUGUUGAGGAAACUGGCCAGCCGGCAUUGGAUUUAGCCACUGAUUCUACUGAGAGUCCCGUCCUAGACAAUAGUAACUGUCCAAUUGUACCAACAGGUAUUAAAUUUGCUCAAAACUCGGAAUGUGGAGUUACACGAGGAUGUUAUUCAGACUGCGGUGCUGAUGGCUGUUCUUUUGAAGUAUCCUGGAAUUUUAAUGGAAAUAAUCCUAAUGCUGAUUUCACAUUGAAAUUGAAGGCUUCAACAACUGAAACAUUUUCACAGUAUAUUGCUAUUGGAUUCUCUGCUGAUAACAAAAUGGGUACUGACAGUGUUACUGAGUGUGUUUAUGCUGCUGCUGACAGUUCUGUUGAUGUAUUUAACUCGUUUAACACAGGAAGAUCCAAUACCAGGAACAGCCACCCAAAAGCAGCAAUAACCUCUUUAAGUGGUAAAUUGGAAAAUAACGUUUUGGAAUGUAGUUUUACAAGACAAAAAGAUGGUGCAAAUGAUGUUAAUGUUUUUGCUUUGUCAACACCCUAUUAUAUGUUUUUUGCUUCUGGUGAGGCAACUGCUGCUAAAGCUAUCGCCCAACAUACGUCUAUACCAUUAGUGUCUUCUGCAGUUAUUGAUAUGUCUAAAAUCGAGAUACAUUCUUUAGCACAAACUGGUGCUAUCACCCAACAUACGACUACAACAGUAGAAUCUUACCAACAUACGACUACAACAGUAGAAUCUUCUGUUGUUACUGAUUUGUAUAACACCGAGAAACAUUCAGCAUCCCCCACAACCCGAUCUUUAGUACAAGCUCAUGGUUCCUUGAUGACAAUUGCAUGGGUAAUGGCAGCAAGUAUUGGACUGAUCAUAGCUCGUUAUUUCAAACAAGUUUGGCCUAAUUCAUCAUUCCUUGGACAAAAUAUUUGGUUUCAGAUUCAUCGUACCUGUAUGAUCGUAGCUCUUGUCGCAACAUGUAUAGCUUUUAUUAUUAUAUUUGCCGAUGUCCAGGAUUGGACUGAAUCCCCAGUUAGAAUUGAAAAUGCACAUCCUUACAUAGGCGUACUUGUUACAUUUCUAUGUAUUGUUAACCCAAUAAUGGCCAUAUUCCGUCCUCACCCAGGAAGUGACAACCGUGUAUAUUUCAACUGGGCUCAUUGGGCUGUUGGAACUUCUGCAUAUGUUCUUGGAUUAAUUACAGUGACAAUAGGAACGAGAAUGUCCAGAGCACAAAUAGCAGACAGUGCUGUAUGGGUUAUGGUUGGAUUUAUUGUCUGGCAAAUGUUGGUGAUUCUUUGUUUUGAAUUGAUUCAACUAUUAGCAAGCAAAAAAAGAUAUGUUACAAGUUAUGAAUUACAAACGAAAGGAGCUCCACAGCAAGCACCUCAAGAACAACCUAAAGCUGAGUCUGGUACUUUGAAGAUUGGUUUGUUUUUACUACAUGUUGUUGUGGUUGUUGCCUUUACUAUUGCUGUUAUAGUUUUCAUUGCUAUGUAACUUACUGGAUCUCAACAAAAUUGUGCACAAACACUAUUAUUAGCAAAACUCACAAAUCUUAAAUAAAUAACGGAUUUUUCCACUACUAUUAAACGCUUUCCAAAAUAAUAGCACAAAUGAGUAUGUUUAAUACUGAUAAUAUAUUUUUUUUUAACCAUUUUUAGUUACAAAUAUUUUUCAUUUAUCUCUUUGUGAUUAGCAAUUUGAUCAUAACUUGAUCUUAUUUCUACUUUUAUAAAAAAUCUCAGUUUAUUUUAUUUAUAUAUUUUCUUAUUGUCUUAUUAUUAUAAUUAAAUACAUUCCUACUUCACUCAGAGUGGGUAAUAUUAC